AUAGCAUAAUUGUUUUUAUAGGUCCACUGGCUUAAUUUCCUUUGAUGUGCACAAUCACCUGCCAAAAUCCCAACCGCUAGUUGGUGCUUGUUGUUGCUUAGCGACGCCCAGUAACAAUUAAAUGAACCAUUGUGUACAGGGAACAACUUCGUUGGUGUUUAAACACGGAUUGAAAUGGUUGCGCUUAUUGUGUCUUCUUGAAAACAAUAACACAAUACAUAUAUUUGUUUAUUUUAAUAGUUCGAUGGUUAUAUAAACAUUUCAGAGGCAUCAACACAUAAGUAAUGCUAUGAUUUACGUACACUUUGUUGUUAAGUAGUAGGUUGGUUCGAAAGAAGGUUACAAUUUUCGACACCCUUCUAUCGAUCACGGUACAAUAAUAUCUUCCCUUUUGUUUGUUCACAUGGUAAUGACGAUGUGAAUUGAUGCAAAGCACUUCCAAUCAGGUAAUGAAAACUGCAAAGAGGCUUAUAAAUCGAUAUCUUCAAAUGCAAAGUGUUAGUACAGUAUAAAUCAUUGAAACUUUCUUAUUUUGAGGCGAAUUGGCCGGACUUCAGUUACGACUGUAUAUAGCAUGAUCGUGUUUUAUUCGGUAUUUUACUCGUUGUGAAGUACUGCAGUUUCGAUUAACGAGUUCAACUCUGCUACGGAAUUUGAAUAAGGCUUGGUUCAAGACAGAAGGUCAGAGAAGGUUGAACACCAAGACAUUCAUACGACAACAACAGGCACGCUGUGUUGUUACUAACGGGAUCUCGCUGCAAUAAUGGGUUGUAGCCUAAAAGCAACUUUCGACCGGAUUUGUAUAUAUAAUAACUGAUUUGUGAUGGAUGAACAUUUCGAUAAUCAAUUUUUUCAAAGGAAGGAGAUAAAUAUUAAACUUGGAGGCGAUCGUGAACCUAGCUCCCGUCAGUCAUGUGUAAGUGUUGCUGCUACCGUCCCGCAAUUGGCGAAGCUUAGUAUUAUCGGUAAUUUAGAUACGGGCGUAGGUGAAGUUGAUGGUAAGGAGUGUGCAGCUAUAUUUACUAGCCCAGUGCACAAUAGUAAUAACUCAUUCUAUUCGGACUGCUCAUCGAAAAACAAAAAACACCAGGACAAGCUCGAUAUAAAUUUAGUCCGACUGAAUCCCCACAUAAAAUCGGCUGAUUCAACACAUUCGAAACGAUCGGUGAACGAAAACUUGCAAUCAUAUAUGGUCAUACGACAGAGAAGUUUUCAUGGAUUUCCAAGAACGCGACGAGAAAUGAAAACACUACCAUUAACAGAUCCCCGGGAUAAUGCCAAUGCUAGUGACUGGCUCCAUCGAUCUAAAACUGACUUAUAUAUUGAAAAACGCCGAGAGAAAUCAUGCCAGCAACAUAAACAAAGAAAAUCGCAAAAAAAUGACUUCGAUGGAAUGACGUUCGGAUAUUUAGUACAGCAUUUACCAGGCUCUAGAGUAAGUAGUCAUGUUUCAGUACGCCCGCGUUCCUUUGGUGAUGUGUGUACGCGCAGUUUCCCGCCACAGUUAAGCGCAGACAGACUUCCACCAUUAACUCUCAAUAGAAUGAAACAAAUGUUGCAGCACGAUAUUGACGUGAUUGAGUCUCAUCAGUGUAGACUAAGUACAGCGCAUUCUGAAUCCCCGUCACAGAAGCCAUUGACAGGAAAAUUACGGAAAAAUACACUGAACUCGGCGUGUAUGCCACUUAAUGUAUGGGAACCAUCACUGGACUGUGUUUUCUACAGCAGACAAAAGGAACUAACGCCGAGAAAUGCUGUGAAUACAGUACGCCAGCAGCCAUCGCCAUUGAAAUAAUAAACAUGAUUUUUUUUAAAUGUAUUAUAUACGUUAUAUUACGGGUACACAGUACAAGUAUAA